AUGGAUGGCCUUAUGAAGCAACUAGCUGCAUUGUUCAUUGUAGUUUACUUCCUAGCUCACAAUGUUAGAGGACAAAGGCCUGAGGAUGGAGAGGAUAAUGGGUUGGGUGUCUCCCGAUUCAUCGGUGGUAGGCGAUCAGGGUUCGGUCGAGAAUCGGGGUGUCGCUUUGGUGACCGCUGCCAGGGUCGUGGUGGGUUUGGAGGAGGUGGCCUAGGUGGCAGUGGUGGUGGUUUAGGCGGUGGUGUUGGAGGAGGUAAAGGAGGAGGGUUUGGUGCUGGAGGCGGUGUUGGGGGUGGUGCUGGUGGGGGCGUUGGUGGUGGUGCAGGUGGAGGUUUUGGAGGUGGUGGUGGUGCUGGAAGUGGAAGUGGUGGUACUGGAAGUGGUGGUGGUUUUGGUGCUGGUAGAGGUGUUGGAGGAGGUGUUGGUGCAGGCGUUGGUGGUGGUGGAGGAUUUGGUGGUGGUGGUGGCGGCGGUAGUGGUGGUGGAGCUGGAGGGGGGCAUGGUAGCGGUUUUGGUGCAGGAGGUGGUGUUGGCAGUGGUGCUGGCGGAGUUGGUGGAGGUGGAGGGUUUGGGGGAGGUGGUGGUGGUGGUGGUGGUGUUGGCGCUGGAGGGGGGCAUGGUAGCGGUUUUGGUGCGGGAGGUGGUGUUGGCAGUGGUACUGGCGGGGUUGGUGGAGGUGGGGGAUUUGGGGGAGGUGGUGGCGGUGGUGUUGGUGGAGGAGCCGGACAUGGUGGAGGCUUUGGUGCGGGUGGUGGUGUAGGCGGCAGUGCAAGCGGUGGAGUUGGUGGAGGUGGAGGAUUCGGUGGUGGCGGCGGUGGUGGAGCUGGUGGAGGAAAUGGUGGCGGCUUUGGUGCAGGGGGAGGAGUAGGCGGUGGUGUUGGUGGUGGUUUGAGUGGUGUUGGUGGACUUGGUGGCGGUGGUGGUGGUGGCAGCGGAGUUGGUGGAGGUCUUGGUGGAGGUGGUGGAGUUGGUGGUGCCGGAGGCUUAGGUGGAGCUCAUGGAGGAGGUUUAGGCAGUGGGUUAGGAAAGGGUGCUGGGGUGGGUGGAGGUUUUGGAAUAGGGAUAGGGGUCGGAGUCGGGGUGGGCGUGGGUGGUGGUUCAGGUGGCGGAGCUGGAGCUGGUAGUGGUGCAGGGGGUGGUGGGGGACGCUGAACUUCAAGGUAAACAAGAACUUCAGCGCAUAGUCUGCCAUCCUAAUACAUGUGAUGUGCAAGAUUUCAGUUUUCAUGUUUGUAUCGUCUAAUGCAAGCCCUUGUAGCAUAAGUAGAUGUAGCAUGGAUGAAUUUCUUCUUAAAGUGAGCAAAUAAAAGCAA